CAAACACACACACGCAUCCACACGCACGCACACUCGAAUCCACCGCCUCCUUCUGCCUGAUCGAGAGGGAAGGAGGUGAUGAGCCAGCAGCGACGCAGAGGAGCGACCCGGGGGGAGAUCGCAGUGUCUUCACGCAGCGAGGAGGCGUCGCACGGGGCGCGGACGAGCAGGGGACGCAUCGCGGGGGGAGAGGGAUAGAGAAGACCGAGGAAGAAGGAGGAGGAGGAGGAGGAGGAGGCGACAGCGGCUCGUAAACACGACAGACAAACGGCGAAUAGGACGGAAGACAGCGGCGAUCGCCACCACCCCCCUCCACCCCCCCUACACACACACACACAGACACACACACACAGCGCCAGCCCCGUGUCCCUCCUCAUCUCUCCAUCUCCAUCCUCUUCCGUGCCGGCUCCGCGGUCACUGGAUGUGUUUUUCUGCCUCUGGACAAACCGCUGCUCGGUGUUUUCGUAGAAUAAACACCGGAGAGGAGGAGGAGGAGGGGGGAGGGAGGCUGAGGCACCACCACCACCACCGAGAGGAUCCACCGGAUAGGUCCGGCUCGGGACGCGUCUGAUCCGGCGGAUAACACCGGAGGACAGGAGGGGGGGGGGAGAGCACUGCGAGAUGACCGUGGAGUAACCGUGCUGGUGGGGGGGACACACGGAGCGGGACCCCGGCCCCGGGCUCUUAUCACCGCGGCUCCAGCAUCAGCCGGUGCGAUGCCUUAGCGGCUCCUGCACCAAAACUACCCGACUCCAGAUCAGCAGGGCUCUCAUCCACCAUGGACCUCUGAAUAUCUGACACGGGCACAGAUGGGAUGAAAAUGCGGCGGCACCGGGUGUUCUUGCUCUGCACGGUGGGCCUGUGCGUCAUCUCCUUCCUCCACUACUACAAGGCCCUCCACUAUGUGUCCCUGCUGCGCGAGCUCUCCGCCCCGUACCCCAACAUCAAGUCCUUCAUCAUGGUCUCCGGCUUCUUCUGGAGGGAGAAGGGCGUGGCCUCCAGCCCGAUCAGCCCCGCCUCCCCCGAAGAGGCCCCACCCUUACCGGUUAUCCGUCAGCCGGACGCAAAAGCCAGAGGCGCAUCAGGGGCUGCGGGAGGAGGAGGAGGAGGAGGAGGAGGCGGGGAAGGAGGAGGGAAGGGUCUGGGCGUUGGUGGGAUCCUGGUCGGAGGUGCUGGGAUUAUUAGCAGCGCAGGGCUGGAGAUCAGGCUGAGGGAGGAGCCGGCAGCUCCGUACCCCUGGGAGAAGCCAGAGGAGAACCAGCGGGGGGACUCUCCAGAUGAGGAGAGGGCUGAGGACCAUUUGCGACCGCAGAACCCCAAACUACAAAUUGAACCUGCUGAGCCGGACAUCCCUGAUGUCCCAUUUGCUGGAAAAGAACACAGGGUGGGGUCCCUCAGGGAUCGAUUGCCGGACUCCUUGGAAUUCUUGGGAGACAUCCACACAAAAACACACCAGCUUAAAGAGGACAAAACACCGUACUUUGCCCGAACCAAAGCCGGGGCUCUUUGCUUUAGGCAGGGGACGGAGGUGGCUACACCGAAGGAGUACUCGGGAAAGUCAGGGGGGGCUGUGGCCAACGGAGCCGGGGAAGGGGCUCGGGCUGCUGGGCAACGGAAACCUCUGGAAGUCCAGCAGCAGCCCUCCAUAGCGCCCAAAGCCAAGCCGAGGGCCAGGGGCAUCGGGAAGCGUCUGGUCAAGUGUGUGUGUCGGCCGGGCUGGCACGGACCUUACUGUGGGGUUCCCACCAUGGUGUAUCACUCCAACCUGCCAACCAAGGAGAGGCUGACGCCCAGGGAGACCCCGCGGAGGGUGAUCAACGCUAUCAAUGUGAACCACGAGUUCGACCUGCUGCACGUGCGCUUUCGCGAGCUCGCCCAGGCCGUCGAUCUGUUCCUCGUAUGUGAAUCCAACUUUACUGCCUACGGCGAGAGACGGCCGCUGAGUUUCCUGCGGCUCCUCCUCAACGGUACGUACGACUACGUGCGUCACAAGAUCCUGUACGUGUUCCUCGACCACUUCCCAGAGGGCGGGCGGCAGGACGGCUGGAUCGUGGACGACUACCUGCGAACCUUCCUGACUCAUAACGGUAUGUCCCGGGUGGUGGGGGCCAGGCCGGACGAUGUCUUUGUCAUCAACGACGCAGAUGAGAUCCCAGCUCGCGAGGGCCUCCUCUUCCUCAAGCUGUUCGAUGGCUGGACGGAACCUUUUGCGAUCCACAUGCGAAAGUCCCUGUAUGGAUUCUUCUGGAAGCAGUUCGGCUCUUUGGAGGUGGUGUCGGGCUGCACGGUGGGGAUGCUCAGUGAAGUCUACGACGGCGACGGGAUCAAACUGCGUCGCCGGGAAUACUACACCAUGCCGGGAUUCCGCAAGUACGAGAACGACACGGGCCACAUCCUGGUGCAGUGGUCGGUGGGCAGCCCCUUCCACUUCGCCGGGUGGCACUGCUCCUGGUGCUUCACGCCGGAGGGCAUCUACUUCAAGCUGGUGUCUGCGCAGAACGGAGACUUCCCGCGCUGGGGUGACUACGAGGACAAGCGAGAUCUCAGCUACAUCCAGGAUCUGAUCCGGACGGGGGGCUGGUUCGAUGGCUCCCUGCAAGAAUAUCCUCCGGUGGACCCCAAAGAGCACAUGUACGCCCCCAAGUACAUGCUGGAGCACUUUGACAGGUACCGCUACCUCCUGCAGAACCCUUACAGCAGAGUGUCGGGUCCGAGCGAGGGCUAGGAGGUCGGCUGGGUGAACACACGUGAAAUAAAGAGCAGGGCCCAGGUGGGGCCUCGGCACUGAGAUGGACGGAACGGUACUGAUGAACUACGUCUCUCCUUGGAGGGAUACUACAUGUAUCUCCACCAGGCAGCACUGAUGUUGCAGAGAUUCGAAAUCUUGAAAAAAAAAAUUGUGUGUGUGGGGGGGGGG